CCGCGAAGCCCGGAGGAGGCGGAUGCAAUUCCCCGGCUGCCCCUGGCUCCUCGGCGGGGCGGCGGGGCCCGGCCCGCAGCGCGCAGGCACCGACAGCGGUCCCGGUCCCGGCCCCGGUACCGGCCCCGGCCCCGGCGCGGCGGCGGGCGGUAGCGCGGCCCCGCUCCGCUCCGCGCUCUCCCCGCCGCGGCCCGGCCCCAGCCGCCGGGGCCCGGCCCAGCACCGCGGGGCCAUGGCCGAAUGGGCUCCCGCCCAGGUGCAGGAGUGGAACGUGGAGGCCCCCCACCUGAUGCCGCUGCAGCCGCCGCUGCUGCCGGAACGGGCGCACGUGCGGGAGGCGCAGCUCCACUCCGCCGAGGCCUCGCUCUGGACCGUGGUGGCCACGGUGCAGGCGAUGGAGAGGAAGAUCGACCUCCUCGCCACCCGCCUGCUCAGCCUGGAGGGUCGGUCCGGCACGGCCGAGAAGAAGCUUCUGGACUGCGAGAAGACGACCAUGGAGUUUGGGAACCAGCUGGAGAGCAAGUGGGCCGUGCUGGGCACCCUCAUCCAGGAGUACGGGCUGCUCCAGCGGCGCCUGGAGAAUGUGGAGAACCUGCUGAAGAACAGGAAUUUCUGGGUGCUGCGGCUGCCCCCCGGCCCCCGGGGCGAGGUCCCCAAGGUGCCGGUGACGUUUGUUGACAUUGCCGUCUACUUCUCGGCGGAGGAGUGGAAGAAUUUGGAGGAGUGGCAGAAAGAGCUGUACAAUAACCUGGUGAAGGAGAACUAUGAGUCUUUGAUCUCCCUGGACGGUGCCCUCUCCAGAAGCGAGGCGCAGCCCCGCAGCGAGCGCGGGGAGGGACCCUGCGUCCCCGAGCAGAGGGAGCUGGAGCAGAGGGAGCUGCCGCCGGACGCCUGCGCGGAGUCGCUGAUCUCCACCUCCGACAUCCUGUCCCGGAUCAAGCAGGAGGUGGCCUUCGUGGGGGAGCAGCAAUUCGCGGAGGAGCGAGGGAUGCCGGCGGACCCCUGCGCAGGCGCGGACGCCCUGAUCACGGCACACGACUUCUUGUCGUGGAUCAAGCAGGAGGAAGAACCCUGCGUCCGCGAGCCCUGGGACCUGCCGGAGAGGGAGAUGCUGACGGGUCCCGGUCCUGCCGGCGAGGGGCUGCUAGUGAAGACGGAGGAGCGGUGCCCCCACGCCGAGCCCCCCGAAGAGGUGGGCUUGCCGGGCGGCUCCGGGGAGCUGCUCUUCCCCGGCGCAGGCUUCGGGAACCCCGAGGGACAGGCAGCGGUGACGGCGGCAGCGGCGGCGGUGGCUCUGCCGGCGCAGCACAGACUGGGCAAAGCUCCAGGCUCAGAGCCGGGGCCGGGGGCCGAGGCGGCGGGGGUCCCCACCGCGACGCCGGGACCCGCCGAGGAGCGGCCGCAUGGCUGCGCCGAGUGCGGGAAGAGCUUCAGCGGGAAGAAGAGCCUGCGGAUCCACCAGCGGAGCCACGCGGCCGAGCGCCCCUACCCUUGCGCCGAGUGCGGCAAGAGCUUCAACUGCCACUCGGGGCUGGUGCGGCACCAGAUGAUCCACCGCGGCGAGCGGCCCUACAAGUGCGCCGAGUGCGGCAAGUGCUACAGCCGCAAGGAGCACCUGCAGAACCACCAGCGGCUGCACACGGGCGAGCGGCCCUUCGCCUGUGCCGCCUGCGGCAAGAGCUUCAUCCGCAAGCAGAACCUGCUCAAGCACCAGCGCAUCCACACCGGCGAGCGGCCCUACCAGUGCCCGGCCUGCGGCCGCAGCUUCCGCUACAAGGAAUCCCUCAAGGAUCACCAACGGGUCCACGGGGCUGAAGCGGGACCCCCCCCGCUGCCCACCCCCGGCAUCAUGCCCCCCGGGGACUGCCCUGCAAGGGGCUGCCUUCGCAAGGGCAGGAUUAAUCCUCAGGAAUCCGACGCGGGCGGCUCGCCACCCCUGCCAAGCGCCACGGUGGGCAUCACCGCCGGCACCCGGCACAGCUCCUGGCCGAGAAGGGAACGCGACUUCGGCAGGCGGCGCGGGAAGGCUCCUGUUGGUGAGGAAGAGCCGUCUGUGUCUGGAGGCAGAGCCGCGCGGCCGGCCCCGACGCCGGCCCCGGCCCCGGUUCCCGAAGGGGCUUCGGCUGGGCACGGCGGUCUCUCCCCAGCUGGCGCUCCCGGCCUGCGGCUCGGGGAAGCUGGGCUCGGCUUUGGGCUGCUCGAGGAGCGGGCUGGGGUCCGGCCGGGGCUCGGCCGGCGGCGCCUGGCUCUGCCGGGCGCUGGCCCUCUCCUGACGCAGGUAGCGCAGCUCGUCGCGGAUGUCCGUCAGGACGCCCAGCAAGCGAAACUGGAGCUCGCGGUCGCGGGCCCUCUCCUCGCGCUGGGUGGCCCGCUCCUCCUGCCACAUGGCCAGCUCCUGGUGGUACAGCUGGUCCCACUGCUCCUCCAGGUCCAGCAGGUGAUGGAUGUUAGUCCUCCAGCUCUCCCGGCGGUCUUCCCGCAGGCGGGAGCAGCCCAGGCCGCGGGAGAGGUGACGGAGCCCUGGGAGCUGCACCUGCGGAUCAGCAUGGCCUGGCGGGACAGUUUCAUGUCUUCCUCCGCAGACAUGGGGGCCUCGGGCCCAGACUGCAUCCCCACGGCCCCGCCGUGGCCCCUCUCCACCUCCCGGCCUUCCCGUUCCUCCUCCUCUGACAUGGAGGCCUCCGGUCCCGACUCGGCUGGAAGAGAAGAGAAGCCCUCCGGUGAGCCCCAGCCGCUGCCCCGGCCCCCUGCCCCUCCCCGACACACGGACAUCCCCGAGGGACACACCAGACCAACGUGCCCCGUCUGUGCAGCCCUCGACCCUGCCUGCCUCACACGCCCCCCGUCCCCCUGCAGCGAGUUCCCCAGGUCCCCGUGUGACGCAGGGACGGCCACAGCCUUUGCCUUCCCUUGGAUUUGCCGCCUUCUCCUGCCACCAACCAACCCUCGGCGGUUACGAAACUGUGCUCCGGGUUCCCCGUUACGUAUCCGCAGCCCUUCGGGACUCGCAGACCAGGAGACAAUCGCACAGGCUGGGCAGGCAGAGGGAAGCGUCUCCAGUCGGGGUGUCCCUAGCAGUGCCACCCCCAGCGCCAUGCUGAAGGCUGCAUCCAGCCCCACCGGCAGCGCGAUGCCGCGCCAGGACCGGGCUCUUGGUGCAAACCACCACCGCAACCUUUUACCGGCCGCCACGCUCCCAGCGGAUCUCCAUCCAGACCCCGCGUCCUCCCUCCACAGCCUAAAGCCCCGCAGCAGCCUGUCCCGUUAUUUCCACAGUGGAUUUUUAAUUCCAGCGCACACAGUUUCCAGGCCUGCUGGUUUGCUGCUCGGAUACGACAGGACCGCGGCCCUGCCGGAUGCUGUAAUCCCAACACAAACCGCAGAACCACCACGACUGACCUGGGUCCAAGAUGAUUUCGGGCUCCGAGUCGUGGCUGGCCUGCAAGAAGGUGGAAGCCACCAUCUUCUCCAGGGGCGUGAGGCGCGGCUUGUGGAGCGGCCCGCCGGCGCGGUUCAUGGGCAGGUGCUUCUUGGAGGUGAUCUUUUUCUUGACGUCCAGCCGCAGGUCGCGCCACUUGUGCUUGAGGUCGUCGAUGGAGCGUUCGGUGUAGCCCAGGAAGUUGACGCGGCUUUGGAUUUGGGUCCAGAGCUGCUUCCGCCGCACGGGACCAGCGUCUCAGUCUCGUCAUUGGAGAAGUUGGCCUUCCUCUUCCGGCCAGACGCUGGCAUCGCCUGCGAGGCUGCGGCAGAGGUGGAAGGGGCACAAUUGAACCUCGGUCCCCACUCCUCUCUGUCAGCUCCUGGGGGGAACAUGGGGCUGCGGGAGCCCGAGGGAGCCGCGGAGGAGGGAGCCGAAGCAAGAGCCCCCGAGGCAUCCAUGGCAGGGGAGGCUUGGGCCGGGGAGGAUCUAAAGAGCCGCUUCGGCACACCACGCGGCAGGGGGGCACCUCAUCCCCUCGCCCCGGCUCGAGAGCACCUGGGAGGGGAGAAAAGGAAAGGGCAGCGGUGGGUCGCGGCAGUGCGGGGUGACGGCGAGGGCCCCCGGCCUUCUCCAACCAGAGGCACCCGGGGGCCCCCAGCCAGCUACCACGGGGGCCGCGGAGAGGGUCGUGGUCACGGUGCACGCAUUGGGACCGUGACAGAGGCCGCGGUGAGGGCCACGGCACGCACCUCGGGGCCACGGCGAGCGCCUCAGCCACGGCACGCGCUUCGGGGCUGUGGCGGGUGCCUCAGGGCCACACGGAGGGUGCUGAGGAGCACCUCGGGCAGCGAUGGGGAGCGCCUCUGGUUGCACGGGCCUCGGGGCCACGGCAAAGCCCACGGCCACGGCAAGCGCUUCAGGACCAUGGCGAAGACCUUAGCAAAGGCCUUGGCCACGGCGAACACCUCAAGUUCCCACCGAGGCUCUUGGCGCCGUGGCGAAGACCACGGCCAUGGCGAGCGCUUCGAGGCCGCGGCGAACAACUCAAGCUCUCACGAGGGCCGUGGGGCCGCCGCAAAGACCAAGGCCGCGGCGAGCGCUUCACGGCAACCCCUUGGCGAAGGCCUUGGCCACGGCGAACGCCUCGAGCUCCCGCUGAGCGCUUCCAAGAGCCUGGCAAAGACCGCGGCCAACGGCGCAGGUCUCGGGCCGGCGGCAAACCCCCCCCCCCCCGGCCACGUCGAGCACUCCAUCAAGGUUCUCGACCCACGGCCGUGUCCCAGCUACCUUGACCCCACCGAACCCCUCAGCCCCCCCCCUCUCCUUGUCCCCCAGCACCAUGGGCAAAGCCCUCAGCAUCUCCGUGCCCCACCGACACCCCUCAAGCUCGUAGAAGGCCUGGAAGAGGUCCGGCGAGGUGGCCCUGCACUCCAGGUACCGCCGCAGCGUGGCCAGGCUCCCCCAGACCUCUCGCUCCGAGGGGCAGGGCUGCACCGCCGCCAGCUCUCCCCCGUCCUUGCCCUCCGCCGUCCCCUUGUCCCCAUCCGCCUCCGCCAACUCCCCGUCGCGCUCCAGCUCCUCGUCCGUCAUCGUGCGGCGCUCCAGCUGCUCCUGGCUGAGCGGGCCGGGCGCCGGGGCCGGGGCCGGGGCCUCGGUGCCAGCAUCGGGGCUGAAGCCGGUGGCACGGAAGCAGCUAGCGAUGAGCCCCGGGUGCACGUCGCCCCAGGCUUGCGCCAGCAUGUGCAGGGCAUCCAGGAGGGUCGGCUGCCCCGUGCCACGCUCCGCCAGCAGCCACCUCAGCAACCGGCGCCGGUAGUGGCCCUUGAGGUCGCUGGUGAUGCCGCGGUCCAGGGGCUGGGCCAGGGCGGCAGCCGGCGGGACGAAGACCAUCCUGACGUUGGAAAGCUGGAGGUAGGGGUGCGCCUCGUGCUUGGUGAGGAGGAGGAGGAUGCUCUUCCCCUGCCGCCACAUCCCCUCGUUGAACUCCCGCAGCCACUCGGCAAAGAGGGGGGCGGUCAUGCCAGCCAGGCUGCCGGCGCGGUAGCUCCAGGGCAUCUGCCCCAGGUUGACGCCCCGCAGGCAGGGGGGCCGGGGGAUCUCCCCCACCACCCGCAGCGGGGCCUUCUCCGAGCCGUCCGCGUUGGUGCAGAGCAGGACCGUCAGCCGGUCGCCGGCGCUCUCGCCCUUGCCGGGGGAGCUGGCUGGGAGGAGGACCCCCAUCUCCCCGCAGGCGUAGAUCUCGGAGAGCGCAUAGCUGCGGAGGAGGCUGGGCAGCACCGCGCCGGCCCAGUGGUCGGCCGUGGGCUGCUCCGCAUCCCCUUUCUCCACCGGCGGCUUCUUGAAGGCGAGGUUGUGGCGUGCCUCGAAACGAGCCAGCCAGCCGCCGCUGGGCUCUGGGUCAGGGCGGCCCAGCGCCUCGGCGAGGUGUUUGGCCUUGAGCUGGAGGAGCGGGCUGCUGACGGGCAGGUCGGUGGCACGGGCACCCUCCACCCAGCGCAGCAGGGCAGCCUCAAGGGCCACGUCCUUCCCCUCCCGCUUGCGUUUGCGUUCGGGGUCGCCAUUGCGGUGCCACUCGCUCAGGAUCCGCUCCUUGUUCUUGAUGAUGCGGCAGAUCUGGGGCUGCGACACCCCGAAGCGCUUGGCCAGCUCGCUCUGAGACACCUUGGGGCCCUCCAGCAUCUCCAGCACCCGCACCUUCUCCGCCUGCCUUGGCGUUCCCCCGCCGUGACGGGGACAGACGGCCGGCGUGGUCCCGCGGUGGCCCCGGGCCCCGCGGCCGCCUGCUCCCGCCACCCACCCGGGCCGACGUCGACGCCGACGUGCCGCCGGCCUCGCUCGCGGCCAGGCCGUGACCGGCAGCGCCAGGGCUGGUGCCGGGCAGGACCGGCGUGCCUCACCCAGGGUGACGGGGUGCUCGCGGUCCUCCUUCAUGGCACCGGCACCCUCCCGGUCCUCGGGGAGACGCGGCGGCUGCUCCCGGUGCUGCUCACCGGCGAGGCCUCACCUGCGGGAGGGACGGGCGGUGUUCGAACCAUGCGCCGCACCGGGAUGACGGCGCACGGCCCGGCGGAGACCCCGCGGAGCGGGCAGGGAGAACCGGCCGUCGGCGGGGCCGGUGGGGCCGCCAGUGGAAGGAAGGUGGCCGGGGCCGCUGAAACCCGCCCGUGGCUGCCCGGACGUCGGGUGGGGUACUGCCUCGCUCGGGCGGCGGAGCCCACGGCCUUGUCUGUGCCCCCGCAGGACCUGGAGUGGGACAUGGAGUCCCAGGAGCUGGCCCUGGAGCAGCCCCUGCCCGCCCCCGAGCAAGGCCCCGCCGGGGAGGCCGAGCUGCCGGCCGCCGAGAUCUCCCUGACGCUUGUCACCGAGAUCCAGGCUGUGGAUAGGAAGGUGGACGCCCAGGCCGCCCAGCUGAUGAACCUGGAGGGGAGGAUGAGGAUGGCAGAAACCAAGCUGAUCGGCUGCGAGAAGACGGCGGUGGAGUUUGGGAACCAGCUGGAGAGCAAGUGGACCGCGCUGGGCACCCUCAUCCAGGAGUACGGGCAGCUGCAGAAGCGGCUGGAGAACAUGGAGAAUCUGCUGAAGAACAGGAAUUUCUGGAUCCUGCGGCUGCCCCCGGGGGCGAAGGGAGAGGUCCCCAAGGUCCCCGUGGCGUUCAACGAUGCUUCAUUUAACUUCUCUGAGGAGGAGUGGAAGAGCUUGAACGAGUGGCAGAAGGAGCUUUACAGGCAUAUCAUGAAAGGCAACUACGAGGCCGUCAUCUCGAUGGAUGCUGCCAUUUCGAAGCCUGACCUCCUGUCACGGAUUGAGCAAGGAGAGGAUCCCAACGCGGAGGAUCAGGAUGACUCUGAGGGAGGAGAAACCCCUACAGACCCCAGCACCGAGUUUUCCUUUCCUGGUCCGGAUGACAGCUCGUGGAGUAAAUAUGAAGAGACUCUGGCUGAAAGCCACGAGGGCUCUGAAGAAGAGGAAAGCAUGGAGGUCCCUAGUACAUAUGAACAGCAGUGUGAUGAGGAAGGUCCCGAAAGCCUUGAGCUUCCUAGCUCAUUGGCGGGAAAGUGGGAAGAGGUUUUCUCAAGCCCAGAGGAAGAGGUCAAGCCAAGCAGCAAGAGCCGGAGCGGAUCGACCCCGCAGCAGAGAACCGCAACAGGCAACGGGCUGAGGCGCUCCGCACGCCGCGGGAGAGACUUGGCCAAGAAGGACACUCCUGAGGACGCGGCCGCAGUAGAGGGGCCGUACAUCUGCUGCGAGUGUGGGGAGAGCUUCCUGGACAAGCAGCUCUUUGCCACCCAUCAGAAAGCGCACGCCAGUGAGGAAGCCUGCACUUCCCUGGAGCACGGAGAAAGCUUCAGGCAGAAAUCCAAAACCCCUACGAAAGCCCAAGGGCCCUCCCGCUCCAAACCGUCCAAGCGCCCCGAUGGGGAGAAGGGCUCUGGUUUCAAGUACGGCUUUGUCAGGCACCAGGUGAACAACAUGGUGGAGAGACCGUACACCUGCUCCCAGUGCAAGGAGAGCUUCAGCCUGGAAGUGAGCCUUAUCUUGCACCAGAAGCUCCAUACGGGGAAGGGCGAUGGGCCGCUGACGUGCACCUACUGCGGGAAGGACUUCCGAGACCUCUCCAAAGCCAUCCGCCAUCAGCGCAUCCACACCGGGGAGAGGCCGUACCAGUGCACCGAGUGCGGGAAGAGCUUCAUCCGGCGGGACCACCUGCUCAAGCACUGGCGGGUCCACACCGGGGAGACCCCCUACCAGUGUCCCGUCUGCGGGAAGCACUUCCGCUACAAAGAGUCUCUGAAUUGUCACCAGAAAAUCCACUCCCGCAACCCCCGGCCCAUGGAGGAUUCGCAGCACAAUCUGGAGUCGGCAACUCAAACCGGCCAUUUCUGCGUGAAAAAAGAAACUAAGCAACAGGGCGGCCUGGCCCUGCGGCACCCCACGGCAUCCCGGCGGAGCUGGAAGGACCUUGGCACACCGGGCUGGGCUCUCUCGUGCCCGCUGCCCAUCGGAGAGGCAGCCGCCGAGCCGGGCCGCGCUGGGUUUGCAUUGCCGCUUCCUCGCUCGCAAGCCGCCGCCGCCGCCGCCGCCGCCCCGCCGCGCCGCGCCGCCCCGGGCCCAGCCCGAUGCCCGGCGGCGGGCGGAGGUGAAGGAGCGAACGGGCGCUGGAUCCUCCCGGUCGCGGCCCCCGGGGCCCCGGGCAGGGAACAAAGGGCCAUGGCCGAGGGGGCUCCCGCUCAGGCGCCGGAGCCGGUGCUGCAGCCGCGCUGCCCCUCGCCCCUCCGGCCGGCAGCCGGUGCUGAGCGUACCUCGGAGCGGGAGACGCAGACGGCUGAGCUGUCCCUGACGGUGGUGGCGGCCGUGCAGGCGGUGGAGAGGAAGGUGGACUCUCAUUCCACCCGCCUGCUCGACCUGGAGGGUCGGACGGGGAUGGCGGAGAAGAAGCUGAUCGACUGCGAGAAGACGGCGACGGAGCUGGGGAACCAGCUGGAGAGCAAGUGCGCGGCGCUGGGCACCCUCAUCCAGGAGUACGGGCUGCUCCAGCGGCGCCUGGAGAACAUGGAGAACCUGCUGAAGAACAGGAAUUUCUGGAUCCUGCGGCUGCCCCCGGGCAGGAAGGGGGAAGUCCCCAAGGUGCCGGUGACGUUUGAUGACGUGUCCGUCUAUUUCAAUGACAAGGAAUGGGAGAAGCUGGAGGAGUGGCAGAAGGAGCUGUACAAGAACGUGAUGAAGGGGAACUACGAGUCGCUGAUCUCCCUGGACUAUGCAAUUUCCAAACCUGGUGUUUUGUCUCAGAUCGAGCAAGGAGAGGAAUCGCGGGUCAGGAACGAGCAGGACUUGGAGGAGAGCGAGAUCAUUACCGAUGCCACCGCAGCUGGCAUAAGGGUUGUGAUCAAAACGGAGGAGCUCCUUCCUGAAGACAGCCCCGAAAACCCUGAGCUGCACGGGAUGUCGGGGCAGUCGGAGGGGAGCUUCCAGAGUCCGGACGAGGAGGCAGCCUGCGAGAGCCCCUACGGCUCCGUCUCCCCUCCGAGGGACCUCCCGGGAACCAGCCUGGGUGACUCGUCCGAAUACGUGGCUGACUUCAACGAGAUCCAGAGAGUCAUCGUUCACCACGGGAGCUGCACAGAGGACGGGAUCGUGAUCAAGACGGAGGAGGAGGAGGAGGAGGACGACCCCGACACCCUGGAGCCGUGCGCCAUGUUCUCGGGCAGGACCGAGCCGCCGGCGUUCCCCAGCCACGAGGCCGGGCUGGGCUGCGAGGCGCAGUGCAGCUCCAAAACGCAGCCCAGGAGCCUGGCGGCCGCCCGCGUGGGGAAGCCCCCCGCCUGCGAGAGGGACUCCGGGGAGAUGAAGCCGGCCAUCGCCCAGCAGCGGAACCGGACGAGGGAGAGACCCUACAUCUGCCCCGAGUGCGGGAAGAGCUUCAUGCUCAAGAUCAACUUCAUGAUCCACCAGCGCAACCACCUCAAGGAAGGGCCCUACGAGUGCCACGACUGCGACCUCAGCUUCCGCAACAAGCAACAGUUCCUGCUGCACCAGCGCAGCCACACGCGCCGGGGCGUGGGGGUCCCCCGGCGCCCCGAGCACGGCCUCAAGCCCCAGCCGCGGCCCCCGCCUCCGGGGAAGCCCUACAAGUGCUCCGAGUGCGAGAGCAGCUUCAGCCACAAGUCGAGCCUCAGCAAACACCAGAUCACCCACGUCGGGGAGCGGCCCUUCACCUGCGGCGAGUGCCGGCGGAGCUUCCGCUUGCAGAUCAGCCUCAUCAUGCACCAGAGGAUCCACGCCGGCAAGAGCGAGAUGGCUUUCCUCUGCCCCCAGUGUGGGAAGAACUUCACCCGGCCCUCCCACCUCCUGCGGCACCAGCGGACUCACACCGGCGAGCGGCCCUACCAGUGCAGCCAGUGCGAGAAGACCUUCAGCGAGAAGUCCAAGCUCACCAACCAUUACCGCAUCCACACCCGGGAGCGCCCGCACGCCUGCGCCGUCUGCGGGAAGGGUUUCAUCCGCAAGCACCAUCUCCUGGAGCACCAACGCAUCCACACGGGCGAGCGGCCCUACCACUGCACCGAGUGCGGCAAGAACUUCACCCAGAAGCAUCACCUCCUGGAGCACCAGCGGGCGCACACCGGCGAGCGGCCCUACCCCUGCACCGAGUGCACCAAGUGCUUCCGCUACAAGCAGUCCCUCAAGUACCACCUGAGGACGCACAUGGGAGAGUGAGGGGCUGCCGACGGCUUCCUCUCCCUCCCCUCUCUCCCUCCGGCCCUCCUCCUCCUCCUCUUCCUCCUCCGCUCAUCUCUCCCACCCUCCCUCUGUCUCCAUCCCCCCACCCCCACCCCCGGCUCAGGGCAUGGACAUCAAGGAAGCUUUGUGUGGUAGCGCCGCUGGUCUGGUGGAGACGGCUAGGCUGAUUGGAAAUAAAUUAAUUAAUUAAAGCAAACAACGCGCGGCAAAAUUAAAAGAUUAUAUAUAUAUAAAAUUAACAGAAGCAGCUGAUUUAGGGGAAAUCCUCACCAUCAGAAAAAAGCAAACAAACCAACGACAAAAGAAACCUGUACAGGGUGUUUUGCCGGAGUAGGACUCUUAACUGCUUUUUAAAUCUACUGUUUGGUUUUUUUAAUAAAUGUGGAGGAACUUUUUAUUUGAUAAGCAAACUUAGGAUCACCAAGAUUUUUUUUUUUUUUUUUUUUUUUUUUUUAAAUGCUCUGUAGGCUGAUUCUGGCACAGUCACUUUUGUCCAGGAGCUCUGCAGAGGCGCUGCCUCGUCUCAGCUUUCCAGGCUGGACGCGACAGUCGCUCGGCAGCGUGUGGCGACAAGGAGCUCCCGGCCAGGGGGAGGUGAGUAAUAAAUAGAUCCAGAUGACGAGGAAGUUCUCCGUGUGUCUAGAUUUGAAGCGCUGAUAGGUGCCUGCCCGGCCCUCGGGGCUGUGAUGCACUCCUGAAUUAUACAAUAGAAUAAAAUACUAGUUGCAGUAAAAGAACCUUUUUCUGGUAGGACCCCAUCAGCAAGGCUCCUCCAAACACUCAUUUCUAGCACUUAAUCCUUCCGCAGCAGCAGACACCUCUCCGGCGAGCGGCGACCCCGGGCGCCCGACCCUCCCGCCGCCACGAGAGCUGCACCGAAGGCAUCGCCGGCCGGCGCGAGACGCGGGAGCGGUUUGUAGAUGUGGGUCUUGCCGCGGGGUGCCGUGGGGGUCACGAUGUACCUGUGCACAAGACCUUGACCUGUUUAACUGCUCUUCUGCUCUCUUGGAAACGCGCUGCGGCGAGCGGGCCGCCCUCGCCCCUUGCCGGUGGCAUCGACCACACGCUCCCCAGCGGCGGGAGCAGCAGGACUCCUGCCCCAGACAGAGGAGCGGGUCCUGGGCCAGCUCCAAGAAAAGCCCCGGCCAUCUCGGGGCUGCCUGCGGGAGACCUCCCGGCUCCCAGGCACCCGCUGCCGGGGUCCCUCGCCACGUGGCUGUGGCUGUGGUCGCGGCGGGUGGGACACGGGCCGGUCUCCUUGCUGUUGGUUUGAGCUCCCGUCUCCAGCGGCUCGGUUCUCCGCAGUCCCGGCUCAUCCCUCGUCGCAGCUCCCGUGGCUGGGCUGCGGCUGGGUGAGAUGCACCCAAAGGGCCGGGCGGUGGCCGGAGCGGUGACGCCAGCUUCCCGGUGCGCGCCGGGCUUCUGGCUGACGGGUGCCGUGGGGAAGGCGGUGUCGGAUCUCAUGUUGGACAGUGGCAUCAAUAAACAGAGCGAUGAUGGGAUAA